AGUCAUCAUUACAAGUCUCAAUAGUAACGUUGUUUAAAUCUUGUUGUCUAGUUGUAUAGUCUGUGGUGCUAUCUGAAGCGCACGUCUAUUAACUCCGGUAUAUACUUGUAUAAAUACAUUAUAAAUACCUACCUACUACGUAAUUUAUUAUCAAGGCCAAGAUAAUUACUUGACACAUGUAAUAUGUAAGUUAGUUUACGUUCGGCAAGUAUUCAAUAAGGUUUCUAAAUUAAACAGAUGCCUUUUAUAUGAAAACAAUAUUUAGAAACCGAUUCGGAAAUUGAAAUUAUUUGUUAGGUAUUUAUUUUGUGGUUAAUUGAGGAAGUGAUAUUAGAAUAAAAAUGCAAAUACGGCAAAGAAAGUUAAAAGAUGAUACCUCAGCUCCACAUAUCAAUGUUAGAAGUAGGACCAUUAAGCACCCCAGGAGAUUGAAGAAAGUAUUUAUCUUCCUCAUCAUAUUAGCAUUAUGUAUUACAUACUUUUUGGGGUUGUUCGCGGGCCAGUCGCAGUGGCUGGACGGCCUGGCGAAGAGUUUGGGCUACGAGAGCGUGUACCAUCACGCGGUGAUCAUCGACGCCGGCUCUUCGGGCUCCAGGGUGCUUGCUUAUAAGUUUAGAGUACCUUUUACAGUAUUCGGCCAAGCCAACUUGGACUUAGUAGAUGAAUAUUUUGAGCAAUCCAAGCCUGGAUUGUCUUCGUAUGCCGAUGACCCUGAGAAGGGCGCGGACACAAUAGUGCAGCUAAUAAAAAAGGCGGAAUUCCUAACGCCGCCGGAGAAGCGCAAGGCGACGCCGCUCAUAGUGCGAGCGACCGCCGGCCUCAGGCUGCUGCCCGCUGACAAGGCGCUGAGCCUCAUAGAUGCUGUCUCUGAGGCUAUCUCCAAACUAGGGUAUGAUGUAGGCUCCGAUGGCGUGAAGAUCAUGGACGGCUCAGACGAGGGUAUCUUCAUCUGGUACACCAUCAAUCUUCUGCACAAUCUAAUAGAAGGCAACACAAUGGCAGCGCUGGACUUAGGCGGCGGUUCGACACAGAUCACGUACCAACUGAGUGACGGCGACAAGCCCGCCUACCCUGCCGCCGACCAGUAUGUCGUGCCCGCUGGUGAUAACAUCACACUAUAUACGCACAGUUACUUAAACCUAGGACUAUUAGCGGCUCGCUACGGCGUGUUCCGCAGCGAGGCGAGCGACAACACCACGCGCGAUUUCCGCUCCGUGUGUGUAGACCCUAUCAUACAGCGGGAGCCAUGGACUUACGCUAAUAAGGAAUAUUUUAUUAGUGGCGAGUUCCGCGCCCACGGCACGAAGCGGUCGGCCGCAUACGAGGCAUGUCACGCGGUAGUACGUCGCUACGUGCUGGCGACGCUGGACUGGGAGCCGAAGCGGCCGCCGCUCGGCAGCGUGGCCGCUAUGAGCUACUUCUACGACGUGGCUGCUGAUGCUGGUAUUAUUGACGUGAUGUCAGGCGGCGAGGUGUCGGUGGCGGAGUACCGCGGCGCCGCGCUCCGCGCCUGCAGCGCCGCCAACGUCGACCAGCCUUACGCGUGCAUAGACUUGGUCUAUAUCGUCACCUUACUACAGGAUGCGUAUAAGAUUGAGGAUAAUAAGCCUAUUUCGCUAUUCAAGAAAGUGCACGGUCACGAGGUAUCGUGGGCGCUGGGGCUCGCCUACACUACCGUCAUGAACAAGAUAGCCAUCACCGUCUAGUGACGUCACCACCGUUACGUCAUCGAGCAGUUAAGGCGAGUAACUCAACUAUGUUCUUUUUAACCUUCACGUGAUAUUAGGUAUUACAGUUAUAUCAUUUGAAUUCGCAUUUCUUAUACAUUUUUACAUUACAUAGCUUUUUCAUAUGUUUUUUUUUUAAUGUAAAAGCGUACAUUUUCAGUUUGUUUAUGUAAGUAAUUUUGAAUUCAAUGUAAGGACUGGGUUGGUAAAAAUGCUGACGAUUAGGUAAACCCGAUUAUGUAUUCUUCUUAUCGAGUGAGCUGCAGAUUUUAUUGACAUAACAUGCCUUAAUGUCGAGUCUUCUCAAAACUAAACUAAUAAUUUGAUUCACCAAUAGAAGUUCGUUAAUGAAACAUCUCGUCUCCGCCCACUUAAGCGGAGACAUUUUAUUAGUUGCAAAAUUUCUGUAACAUUAUUUUUUUAAUGAACAACACUUUCAUAAUAAAAACAUUCUUAAACUUUGAUUAUUCUUACAACCUCGACCCAGUACCCUCUAGCCUUAACUAUAAAGUGAUUUGACCUGAAACUAUUACCUCUUCGGUACUAUGUGAUAUAAAUAAUAUGUAUUUAUUAAGUAUUUCAUUUGUUCUAUUCCACUUGUAAAUAAUAUUCGCUGAAAGCUGAUAUAAAUAUGUAUUUUCAAUAAGCAAUAGUCCGCUUUGUAUUGGACAAUGCAAUAUUUUUGCCAAUUAGAAAAUGUUCGAAUUAAUGUCUUAUGACUGAAUCGUGUUAUGCAUUGAAACAACAAUGAUUUUAUUACUAUAACCUCUAAAUACCUACUUUUCCUUUAUUUUUUGCCUCAGUUAAAAUUGUACCCAAAUAGUUUUGAAAACAUGAUAAAUAAGAAUUCCCGAUAUUGAUUUUCUAUGCUUGGGACAUACCUCCGUAGGCCCGGGCCUUGAGGCCAUAUCAUAACUCUUUGGUAUGCGGAAAUGAUCUUUAAAUUAAUACUUAUUUAAAAAAAAGUGUUUUUGGAACUUUUCUUUUACUUUUGACGUCAAAACAUGUGGUUUCAUUGCAUAAUGCGUUUAGAAUCGAUUCAAAGAUAUGUAUGACAGCUCUUUAUACAUAUACUUGAAGAUUUUCUACUUAUCUAGCGUCUAGCUAUAUUAUAUAAAAACGUUUUAGAUCCAAUAAUAAUUGAAAAACUUACACAAAGAACACUUACACUGUGAAUAUAAUUUAUUUUUUCAAUGUAGCAUGUUCUUAUAAUUCUUUCCAUAAACCGGUGUAUUAAAAUACUUUUUUAUUCUGCUCAUAUAUUGACAAAACAUUCUCAAUUAAAUACAAAUAUUUUUUUUCUCAAAUUUUCAGGAUUUUAGUAUACUUUUUUACUUCGCGUUUGUACUCAAUCUUUCUUUGUGUAAGUUCCCAUCAACAUUAACUGCUAGACAAGCUGUUUGCACACAUUUAUUGAAUUAUAUUAUCACAAUAAUUUAUAAUUAUGCACAAAAUAAUUAUUACGUAUAUCAAUAUUGCUCAUUUAUUUAUCUCUAUUAGAAGUUAUUGAAUUUUCUUUAAUGUGGGAUACAGGAAUAAUAGUAAUAAUUUAUAUUAUUUCAAAAAUAGCUUGUUACUAUUAUUCUUAAAAGUCGUGUAAAUAAAUAUCCAAAUCUCAUUUAGGUUUUGGUAUUUGUUAAUUAGCUUUUAAUUAAAAAGCAAUGGGUAUAUUCCGUUCAAGGCCUGAUUUUUCAAUCAUCAGUGAACUUCUAUAUAAGGACUGAAUACAUAUUUUGUAUACAUAAGCGGUCUAAACGUCAAACAUAAUCUUCGGAUAAAAGUUAUCCGGCGAUUGAAAAAUCGGCUCUAAAGGUACGUUUUGAAUGCUAGCUGUCGACUGCUACUGGUCAAUAUUUGAGGGCGACUGCACUUACUGCUGUCGCUUCGCUCCAAACGGUGCAUGUCAAUACAUACAAACCAGUAGUGCAGUCAUGGCAUGUGCGGUCGGCAGUAGGCAUUUAAAAAGUACCUUAAGUUAGAAGAAAGCAUUUUGUAAAACGUUACUUUCGUUCUCUUUUGAGACGAUACACUUAUAUUAAUGUACAUGAGAUAUUUGAAUUUAAAACACUAUUGUGACGUGCGAACGAUAUUGGUUUAGGAAUAGUAUUUUAUCAUUAAUGAUAAUAGUUCAAUUUUUAUGUUAUCUGUGAAAAGAGAGAAUUUAUGUUCGUGUAGAUUUGAUUUACAGUUCAGUUCAAUGAAGGCAUUAUUAUUUUAUGUUCCAACAUUAUUAUUGUGAAUGAAGGUUGUAUGCGUUUAAGUUAUUUAAUGACUUAUUAUGUAAAAGUAAGGUUUUUUACGAUAAGCACUUUCAAAUAUAAAAGUAUAUUCAAAUGCUAUUUUUAUGAAGACUUUGUUUUUCCAUUUUGUAAGCAAUAUAUGAAAGAUUUUGUAGCUUUCUGUGCACUGUAUAGGUAGCGAUACCUAGCCGACGUGUCUAAUUGGUGUUAUAUGUAAAUUGUACAAAUUUAAUAAAUGUUGGAUCUUAA